UAUAGUAGUGGUAGGUAGGGGGAUACAAAAGAAAUGAAAGAAAAAAAAAGUGAAGGGGUUUGGGGGUUAGUAUUGGGGGUUGGGGAUUGCAUCGAUAAUAUGUGGGAGGAAGAAGAGGAACAAAUUUGGGAGUGGGAAGGUCAAAUUCCGUAUGGGCGAAACUGAGGAACCAACCCAUCUACUCACCACCACAAUCUCCCUCCUCCUCCGUCUUCCUCAUCUCUCCACAACUCUACUUCUCACUACCACCGCCGCUCACCCCCCAACUCCACUUCUCACCACCACCACUGACUACCUCCGUCCUCAUGUCUCCACGACUCCACUUCUCACCACCACCACCACCACCACCACCGAUCGGAUGUUGCUAGAACGACAGCCAGUUGCUUCGACUACAAUCCAAUGCUGCCGAGAUGCGUCAACUAUUCUUCGAAAUGGAACACAUUUUCUUCGAUGCUCAAAGCUGUUACUAUGGAUGAAGAACUACUAGAUAGUGAGAUAGGAUCAAGCUUACGUCAUGGUUCUGUUUGAGGUCGUGAAGUCAUUCAUCGUGAUCAUAUUCAAGGUCAUGAAAGGCUUUUUCUCGACUAUUUUGUUGAAUCGUCUGUAUAUCCUCCUGAGCUAUUUCGAAGGAGGUUUCGGAUGAAGCGUUCACUUUUUCUUCGAAUUCAAGCUGCAGUAGAAGCGCACAAUCCAUAUUUUCUCCAAAAAAGAAAUUGUGCAGGAAAGCUUGGUUUGUCUUCUCUUCAGAAGAUAACUGUUGCACUUAGGAUGCUUGCUUAUAGAGUAGCCGCUGAUUUUAUGGAUGAAUAUGUGAGAAUUGGAGAAAGCACUGCAAUAGAAAGUUUAAAAUAUUUUGUUAAAGCAGUUGUUGAUAUUUUUUCUAAUGAGUAUUUGAGGUCACCAAACAGCAAUGACAUCGUUAAACUACUAGCGGUUGAUGAAAGUCGUGGAUUUCCUGGAAUGCUGGGGAGCAUUGAUUGUAUGCAUUGGAAAUGGAAAAAUUGUCCGACUGCAUUGAAAGGUAUGUAUACUGGUCACAUUCAGGAACCAACAAUUAUUUUGGAAGCUGUUGCAUCAUAUGAUCUUUGGAUUUGGCAUGCGGUUUUUGGAUUACCUAGGUCUCAUAAUGAUAUCAGCGUGCUAGAAAGGUCUUUUGUAUUUACCGAACUUGCUCAAGGGCGUGCUCUUGCAGUCAAUUACACCAUUAAUGGUAAUGAAUAUACAAUAGGAUACUAUCUCGCCGAUGGUAUAUAUCCACAAUGGUCAACAUUUGUGAAAACAAUUCCUUCUCCUCAAGGAAAUAAGAAAAAACUCUUUGCUGCAGCUUAAGAGGUGACAAGAAAAGAUGUAAAACGUGCAUUUGGAGUGCUUCAAGCACGAUUUGCAAUUGUGAGUCGACCGACACGUUUUUGGAAUACUAAAAUGCUUAAAUAUAUUAUGAAUGCAUGCAUAAUUCUACAUAAUAUGAUCAUUGAGGAUGAGCGGGAUGACAAUGGAGUAAAAGACUUCAAUUAUGAUCAAAUCGAUGACAGUCCCCAUGCAACAGUGUCACAGGAGAGAACUACUGAACUUAUGGAAUUCAUUCAAUGUCAUCAUAACAUUAGAGACAGGCAAAUACAUUCUCAUCUCCAAUCGGACCUUGUCGAACACUUGUGGCAAUUACACAGCGAGUCGUAAAAGCUUUGAAUUUGAAGUUUCAUUUUA